AUGAAAGACAGGCUUUCAACACUCAGAAAGAAGGCAUCAUUAGGAAACAAAGAACUCCCACAAUUAACGCCCCCAAAUUACAACAAUGACACAAAGUUAUCAGGUAUUUACAAUCAAUACGCCUCAAUCAAUAGAAAAAUUGCUGCUGUCAAUAAAAAGCUCGGCGAAAUUCAAGUUCUUGUCGAAAAAGAACAUACAUAUACAAAUAACGCUGAUAUAUAUCGCUCAAAAAAUCUAGUUUCUAAACAUUUGAAUCUUGCAAGCGUAAUGAUGGAAGAAAUCACUAAAGAUAUUAAAGAUUGGAGAUCAAAAACAAAUACAAUCCAUUCAAAACCUGUAAAAUCAGCACAAGAUAUUAUCGAACUCGCAUUCUUCGAAGCAGCAAUCAAUGCUAUAUGCGAUUGCUUGUGA